GCCAAUGAAAUGCAGAUAGUGUCUAACCACAUUUAAAAAGGCCGGCGGCCGACGCUGCUGAGCUCUGCUCCGGCCUGGCCCGGCCUGAGUACCGGCUGCUGGUGACCUGCAAGGUAGCAGGAAUGUUUCUGACGGGAGCGGCGCUUCGGCCCCUAUUCCGAGUGCCUGUCCGUACCCACUCGUCCUUGGACCCUGUCCAACAGUAUUUGUUAGCCGGCUCCAGCAUUCCGUGUUUUUGUAAGGUUAUGAGCAGAAAUAUAUCAUCAAGAAGGAAAACCGAUCAUCUAGAAAGAACAAUCAACAACUUUCGCCAAGAGAUGGUUGCUGAAGCAAGAGUCUGUGGGAUAGUUUAUCAAUCUAAAACAGUUAAGAGACUACGCCUUCUUGUGAUGAACAAAGAUUUCACCUUCAAAGCAGGACAGUGGGUAGACUUCUUUAUCCCUGGCAUAUCAAAAGUUGGUGGUUUUUCCAUCUGUUCGAGUCCGGGGCUGUUGGAGAGGGAGAAUGUGGUGGAAUUAGCAGUAAAAUACAGCAAGCAUCCUCCUGCCCACUGGAUUCAUACACAGUGCAACAUUGGUUCAGAGGUAACACUUCGUGUCGGAGGUGAUUUCUUCUUUGACCCUCAGCCUUCUGAUACUCCGGUGGAUCUGUUGUUGGUUGCAGGUGGUGUGGGCAUUAAUCCCUUGUACUCUAUACUCCUGCACAUUGCUGAUCUCCACAGACUUCAAGAAAUGGAGCAUUGUAAAUACAAACCUGGUUCAGUACAUCUAUACUUCAGUGCUAAGAACACAGAAGAACUUCUUUUCAAGAGAGAGAUCAUAAACCUAGCAAAUGAGUUUUGUGGAAAAAUCAGCUGUCAUUUUCAUGUGACACAACAGAUUUCUGAAAUACCGCCUUAUGUAACUGUUGGAAGAAUAUCUGAAGAUACCCUGACACAUGUGUCAAGAGAUAACCUCUGCUAUAUUUGUGGUCCACCUCCAAUGAUAGAGUCUGUUUCUCAACAACUAGAAAAGCUUGGUGUCCCUAAAGAAAGUAUAAUUUUUGAGAAGUGGUGGUAGUGAGAGUCUAAAGGCAAUUGGUUUCAUUCUGGUAAUCCAGCAGCAUUUUAUUACUUUGGUAUGCACAUUAUUCUCAGGUGGCCUGUGCUUGGGUUUGAUUCCCAGUUUAAAAAUACUGCACAAUACAGAAAUUUAAGUUUGAGGUGUUAUUCCAAUAGUAAAUGUAUCCAAAUAUGUUAUGUCAUCAAUUGCCAUUGCAUUGUUUCUAUUAAAAUUUUGAAAUUGUACAGUUUUUGUACUUUUCGGCACAAACUAUGGAAAAAUAUUAACUUUUAUAAUAGCUUUGAUUAAACUGUUGAAAAUUAAGCUGCCCCCACUAUCUUCACAUCAGGGUAAGUUAAUUUUCUGGACCUGUCUAUAAUACCAUAAUCAAAGGACUCCAUCUCAGACAACUCCCAGAUGCAGUACAACCAUAAAAGUACAAGUUAGCUUGCAGUGCAUUAUAUGAUGUCAGUCAGGUUGCAUAUCAUGAAUAAUUCUAGCAAGAGUUCUUUUGGAAUUUUUUUUAAUACUGAAGAACAAAUGUACUAAAAAUUACAACACAAAAGGAAGGCAUUUGUCCCAUCAUAUCUGAACCCUGUAGGAAAAGAACUACCAAAGCUAUUUCCAUCUUUCAGUAAAAUAAUAGAUAAUUGAAAUGAGUCAUGGAACCAAUAUUUUCAUAACUUUCCUUGAGUUCUACAUGAGUAGUUCAGUCAUGCUGAUUGUACGGUAUAAGGGUUUAUUCUGAGUGUGAAUUAGAUACCUGAAGUAUUACUAGUUUCUAAUAAAAUACAAAGGGCAUCUAUGUCUCAUCAUAUUGCACCACUAUAAUUUAGUAGCUGUACCUGUAAUCCAUGCUUUUGAAACUUUCUUUUAUUAUGGGCACAGGUACAGAUCAUCAUCAUCAGGUGCCAUGGCUAGUUUGAGCUUUGACUGCCAUGGCCCACACUCCUGUUUCGGGUCAAGUGGAUCAAUUCACUGGUAUUCAUUUCCAGUUCUCUGGCUGCUGUCUCCAUCAUCAUUUGUCUUUGUCUUCUUGCUUUCUUCCCUUCAGUCUUUCCCAUAAUUACCAUGCAUUCUAACUCCCCUUUCCUAAUCACAUGUCCAAUGAAGUUACAUUGCCUUUUCAUGAUCUCAUACAUUAUUUCUAUACAGGUACAGAUAACUUUUAUAAUAUAUUUAGUUAGAACAAUGUGGUGUAUAUCUUCACAAUAGUUAUAUUUUCUGUUCAAUACUUAACAGUAAUUUAUCAUGAACUACAGAUCCAUUUCUAUAUAGUAUGUCAUUGAAUGUUAUUUCCCUUUGUAAUUGCUUUAUAGAAUAAAAUACUGACAUGUCUUGUGAUCCUAUAGAACUGUGAUGUCAAAAGGGGUAUCUCUUUGGCAAAAAGAAAAUCGAAUGCUUUGUGUCUGCUAUAAUAAAUUAUUUAG